GACGCCCGCCAUUUGUGUUUGCUGUCAAAAUGGUCUAAUCUCAAACUCAAAUAAAAUCGCGGAUAUUUAUUUCUCGUUCGUGGCGUAAUUCAACAAAAUAUUCUUUUUAGUUAUAAGUUUAUUUUAAAUAAUCAAAAUGUCCAGUAUAUCUCUGGAUAAAGAAACCUUUUAUCGCCGUAUGAAAAAGUUGUAUGCAGCAUGGAAGGCUGCUGCAGCAGAUUCAAAAGGCGAGGAUGCUUUAUCAAAAGUUGAUUGCUUCGUAUCUUGUGUUGGUGUUGAUGAAGACACGCUAUACAGCAAAUCAACAGCAUUACAGACAUGGCUGUUUGGAUAUGAGUUGCCAGAUACAAUCACAGUACUUACAGAACAAAGCAUGUGUUUCUUAGCCAGUAAAAAGAAAAUAGAAUUUUUAAGACAAAUUGAAAAUGGAAAAGAGGAGACAGAAUUGCCACCAGUCAAACUCCUAGUUAGAGAUAGGAAUGAUAAAGACAAAGAAAAUUUCAACAAACUCAUACAAGAAAUUAAGAAAUCCAAAUCAGGAAAAACUCUUGGUGUAUUUGCUAAAGACAACUAUCCCGGUGAAUUCUGUGAGAGUUGGAAAGCUGCUAUGAAGGCUGAGAAAUUCGAAAAUGUAGAUAUAAGUUCAGCGGUAGCUCUACUCAUGGCACCAAAGGAAGAUCCAGAAGUCAUCACUGUGAAAAAGGCCUGUUUGGUCACAGUUGAUGUUUUUACAAAGUAUUUGAAGGACCAAAUCAUGGAAAUCAUUGAUUCAGAUAAGAAAGUAAAGCACUCGAAACUCGCUGAAGGCGUCGAAGCUGCUAUAUCGGACAAGAAAUACGUGACAGGUGUCGACACGAGCCAGGUGGACAUGUGUUACCCGCCCAUCAUCCAGUCCGGAGGGAACUACAGCCUCAAAUUCAGUGCGGUCUCGGACAAAAACCAUUUGCACUUUGGCGCUAUAGUGUGCUCGUUAGGAGCGCGAUACAAGUCGUAUUGCUCGAACAUUGUUCGUACAUUGCUGGUCAAUCCUACGGAUGAAGUGCAGAGUAAUUAUAAUUUCCUCUUGAACCUGGAAGAGGAGGUUAUGAAACACCUUGUGGCGGGUGCAAAGCUGUCCGCUGUCUACGAAGCUGGUUUGGAGUUGGCCAAGAAGGAGAAACCGUCUUUGGUAGAUAAUCUCACAAAAACUUUUGGAUUUGCAAUGGGCAUAGAAUUUCGGGAGAGCUCAAUUGUUAUUGGUCCAAAAACGACAGUUGUAGCUAAAAAAGGCAUGGUUUUUAACAUCAACAUUGGUCUUGCUAACUUGCAAAACAGUGCUGCAACUGAAAAGGAAGGAAAGACAUACGCCCUUUUCAUAGGUGACACAGUAUUAGUGAAUGAAGAACAGCCCGCCUCCCUGCUCACACAGUCGAAGAAGAAGAUCAAGAACAUUGGUAUCUUCUUGAAGGAUGACGAUGAAGAUGAGGAAGAAGAGAAGGAGAACAAGACUGAAAUACUGGGUCAACACGCAAUAAUAAGCAGAGGAAAAAGAACAGCCGUCAUCGAAUCUAAGUUGCGUACCGAGCAUUCUUCUGAAGAGAAACGUAAAGAGCACCAGAGAGAGUUGGCUAUAGCUCUCAACGAGAAGGCCAAGGAAAGGUUGGCGAAGCAGUCCAGUGGGAAGGAUGGGGAGAAAAUCAGAAAGAGUACAGUCUCAUACAAAAGUGUCAGUCAGAUGCCCAGGGAGAAUGAAGUUAAGGAGUUGAAGUUAUAUGUUGAUCGCAAAUACGAGACAGUGAUUCUGCCAAUAUUCGGUAUUCCGGUUCCGUUCCACAUUUCCACAAUUAAGAACAUCUCCCAAUCGGUGGAGGGCGACUACACAUACCUUAGGAUCAACUUCUUCCACCCCGGAGCGACCAUGGGCAGGAAUGAAGGCGGUAACUACGCGCAGCCGGACGCUACGUUUGUGAAGGAAGUUACAUACCGAAGUACGAAUACCAAAGAGCCUGGCGAGAUCUCGCCUCCUUCUUCGAACCUUAACACCGGCUUUAGACUCAUCAAAGAGGUCCAAAAGAAAUUCAAGACGAGAGAGGCAGAAGAACGCGAGAAGGAAGAUUUAGUCAAACAGGACACCUUAGUGCUUUCACAAAGCAAAGGAAAUCCCAAAUUAAAAGAUCUGUACAUAAGGCCCAAUAUAGUUACAAAGAGAAUGAGCGGGUCUCUAGAAGCACACUCGAAUGGGUUUAGGUUUACUUCAGUUAGAGGAGAUAAAGUGGAUAUUCUGUACAAUAAUAUAAAGAACGCGUUCUUCCAACCCUGUGAUGGAGAAAUGAUUAUAUUGUUGCACUUCCAUUUGAAACAUGCUAUUAUGUUUGGUAAAAAGAAGCACGUGGACGUCCAAUUCUACACGGAAGUGGGUGAAAUCACGACAGAUCUGGGUAAACACCAACACAUGCACGACCGCGACGACCUGGCGGCGGAGCAAAGCGAGAGGGAGCUGCGACAUAAGCUGAAGGUCGCGUUCAAGAGCUUCUGCGAGCGAGUCGAGAACAUGACCAAGCAAGAGGUGGAGUUCGACACGCCUUUCAGAGAACUUGGUUUCCCCGGAGCACCGUUCCGAAGCACAGUCCUCUUGCAGCCCACGUCCGGGGCUCUCGUGAAUCUCACCGAGUGGCCCCCCUUCGUGAUAGCCCUCGAAGAUGUGGAGUUGGUCCACUUCGAAAGAGUACAGUUCCAUCUCAAGAACUUUGAUAUGGUGUUCGUGUUUAAGGAUUAUGCAAAGAAAGUGGCUAUGGUCAACGCAGUACCGAUGAACAUGUUGGAUCAUGUCAAGGAAUGGUUAAAUUCAUGCGACAUCCGCUACUCUGAGGGUAUUCAGUCGCUAAACUGGACCAAAGUCAUGAAGACGAUAACAGACGACAUCGAGGGCUUCUUCGACAACGGCGGCUGGUCUUUCUUGGAUCCCGAGUCUGACGCCGAGAACGCUGAGCAGGAUGAGGAAUCGGAAGAAGAGGACGACGCGUACGAGCCGACGGACGCCGAGUCCGAGGAGGAGUCUGAAGAAGACUCCGAGUACGACUCCGAGGCCUCCGACGAGUCUGACGGAGACAGCGAGAGCAACGAAGAAGAUGAAGAAUCAGGCAAAGACUGGUCAGACUUAGAGCGGGAAGCAGCGGAAGAGGACAAAAAGGAGAGAGGUUACGAGCGAACGGACGACUUCGACAGGAAACGGAAAGGCGGCCAUGACAGGCACCGGGACUACGACGAGAGGAAGAAGAGCAAACACGACAAGAACCACAAAAGCUCACAUAAAAGCUCCAAUUCCAAUCACAAAAGUUCCAGUCAUAAAAGUCCGUCGAAGCACAGUAAAGAUAAAGACAGUCCGUCAAAGAACCGCGACAAACACAAGUCCCACCACGACCGCGACCACAAAUCGUCCCACAGCAAGUCUAACGGCGACCACAAGAAGAGCGACCACAAGUCCCACAAGCGGUCGCGCGACGAUAGCCGCGAACACGGGCGCAGCCCUAAGAAAGCCAAGAAAUAACCUUCGUUCACAAUUUGUUGGAGUUAACGGGUUCCAAUCACUGCACACGACCGUUCAUAAUGUGAUUAUGAUUUGAACAACAUUGUUACAUAUGUUGUGUCCGUCUGCAUAAUGUUCAAAACUGAUCGUCUGAAUGUUUGUACUGUAGAUUAAUUUUUAUUCCAUCGAUUGUAAUUUAAUUUGUGAAACAAACCGAAAUAAAUAUAAGGAUUUAUA